AUGGAAUCUGAUGUGGCAUGUGAACUUUGGAAUGCUGCGCCAAAACAAAACUUAAAGUUUUCAACCUAUGUUGGGGAUGACGAUACUACCACACUUAGCCACCUAAAUCAGAAUGUGCCAUAUGGGGUCGAGAAAUGGUCCGACAUUGUGCAUGCUAAACGUUUAUUAACAACAAGAUUAUAUAAUCUUUCUAGCCGCUGUAAAUUCCCAAAUUCAUCUACUCUGAGUCAGAAAGUGAUCAACUAUCUGGCAAAAUGCUUUUCGUAUUGCAUAGCCCAAAAUAAAGAUGUGGAAAGUUUACAGAAAGCAUUAAAAUGCAUAGUUCCACAUGCAUUUGGUGACCACAAAAAUUGUAAAGAAACAUGGUGUGGUUUCAAGAAGGAACCUUUGACAUAUAAACACAAGGAUCUCCCACAUCAUAAAGAUUUGCAAGGUGAUCAGUUAAAAAGUGCACUUACUUCUUUACUUGAUGAAUAUACAACUGAAACUGUUGUUAAGAAACUUGUACCAUUUGCAAAUUCCCAACGUAAUGAAGCACUCAAUAGCAUCGUAGGAAGCAAAAACCCCAAAAUAAG